GUUUCCCAUAAUGCAUUGCUUACGUAAACACAUAUUUGACAGCUGCUAGCGGGCUAAGCUAGCAGUACAAACUUUAUUUUACUGUCGUUAACAACGCAGUAAUACGCCAUUAUCUGGUAGGAGUCGUCCUUAUUUAGUAGCUGCAAAUGGUCGUUUGUCGUCCAUCUCGCAAAGAGGAAUAAGACGACGAUAACUGCCGGUGUCGCAAGUCUUCUUUAGUCAAUACUCACAAUAGUGUAAUAAGAUAAAGAAGAUGUCUGGACCCAAUGGCGACCCUGACAUCUCCAUCGAUGACGGCAUCAUUGAAGAUGAUGACGAAUUCUCUGAUGAAGAGUUUGUAGCCGUCAACUCCAUGCUUGACCAGAUCAACUCCUACCUCGACGACCUGGAGGACAAAAAUGACGCCCUCAACAGCAAAAUGCACGAACUCCUGGAGUCCAAUCGACAAGCCCGACAGGAGUUUAGGGCCUUGCUCGCCAAGGAUGAGGCGGAGGAACGCCGGUCUGCAGGCAGCAACUCAUCAACGGGCACCAAAGAAGACCAGAAUAAACAAGAGACAAGUUAAUAUGGAAAUUUCAUGAUAUCAUUCCUAAGCAAGAAAAUUGUUUUAGCUGUAGUUGUGAAUGUGUACACUAGUCCUAAAUGUGCUGUGUUUGUCUCUGUAAUUCAUUUAAAUUAUGUAAAUGUGUAUUUAUUCAACCUGCUGGGUUAAGAAAUGUUGUCCAAAAAAAUGACUGUUUACAAAGAAAAUUGUCAGACAUUUUAAUAAUAAUUAAACGCUCCAGGAAAACUGAAAUCUAACAUCCAAAAACACAUUAAAUUUCCAGCCUUUUAGAAAA